CACGCAAGUUCGUAAGGCACUGGAGAGUGUUGAAGAUGUCCCCGAAGGCACGGAGACGUGCGAGAUUUGUUUUGAGCCCGUCGAAGUCCUGGCUGUCGGUGUUUGCAAUCACAAGCUUUGCCAUCGUUGUUCUCUGCGCCUCCGAGUUCUCGUCAAGAAUGAUGACUGCCCCGUCUGCCGUACUCCACUUCCCGAGGUGCUAUUAACCAAGGACACAGAUAUCAAUUGGCCCGCGAAGAUGCCCAAAAGCAGCAUUCAUGUUCCUUCAUGGCGUGCUUAUUGCAGCUCUCGUGCUGUGCAGAAAGUCUGCCAGCGCCUGUUUGCCUUGUCGUGCCCAUCAUGCGACCAAAGCUGCACGACCCACCAAGACCUUUCCAACCACCUCAUGCGGCAGCACCAGCUCUACUUUUGCAGUCUUUGCGUCCAACACAGUACCAAAUUUCCCUCGGAAUACGCCACAUACACGCAACAAGACCUGCGUACGCAUCGCAAGCGAGGCGACAUCAACUGUCCAGAUGGUCACCCAGAGUGCGGCUUUUGCAGGCAUCGGCAUGGCCGGCCACUGCAUGCAUAGCUACUAUGAUAACGACGCAUUGCACGCGCACCUCAAGCACGAACAUAGCCACUGUGGCCUUUGCGCCAAAAUUGGCAAGCCACACGAAUACUACACGGAUCAACGUGCGCUCGACAAGCACUACCGGGAGGAGCAUGUGGCCUGCCCACAUGGCUGCUUUCUUAUCGCCUUCCUCAAUGACAUUGAGCUGCAGCAUCACAUCGUUGAAGAGCAUAUGGAAGGCCGUUCACGCGCCGAGAAGCAACGCGCACGCGCGCUUGACCCCGCCACUUUCUUUGAUACAGAAAGCGCGGGUGGUCGCUCCGACCGCCAGCAAGGUCACGGCGAGGGACGUGGGGCUCGCAGUCGAGACCGCAACCGGGGCAACGACCGACGAGCUCGGGAGAUUGAGGCCACUACUCAGCAGCAAGAAGCCCGUAUGCAUGUCGAUGCUGCCACCGCCGCUCCUGAUCUGAGUGAAGCGGCCUUUCCCACUCUUGGCGGCGGCGGCAAAAACGGAGGGGGACCAAGCGCUCCUCAGGCGGCAGCACCACCGGGUGCUUCGAUGGCCGCGCCAAAUAGCGGCCCAGCGUCGAACAAUUUUCGUGCUGCUAUCGCCGGUCCCAACAUGGCCAACAUGGCUGGACCUUCUUUGAAUGAGGCUUCCUUGGUUGCCGCCGUGGAGGCCUCGUGGCCAUCGCUGGCAGCCGCGGGUCCUCCUUCUCGCCGCUCUGGCCCCAAUCCUGCCCCCAAUCGCGGUCAAGGCACUGGUCGUGGCUCUGCGUCUGGUCGUGGAAGCGCUGCUUCCCGCGGGGGUGGAUCCAGUCGUCCCAAGCAGGGCGGUGCGGCGACGUCGGCAGCCUCAAGCUCAACCAUGGCAACUCGUGCCCAUGACUAUAUCCGUCCUGCAUCCUUCAAGGAGCGCAAUGACGCCAUGCGCAAGCUGCUCAUGCGCAGUCUGCAGUCUGACGCCGACUUUGACGAGUUCAAGUCGUUGACGGCCACCUUCCGCGAAGGCCACGUGUCUGCCGAUGACUAUUUCCGUCGUGCCCAUCAGCUCUUGGGCGAUGCCACGCCUCGCGUGUUUGGUGAGCUCAUUGCCCUCCUUCCCAACAUUCGUUUGCAAGGCUUGCUGCUGCAAGCUUAUAAUGAUGAGCGCCAUCGGAGCCAGGUCAAGUCGGUGACCUUGAAUACCAGGGGGCCUCGUAGCAAGGUCACGGUGACAAAAGCUGGUACUGGUGGUUUACCCGAUCUAGGCCUGCACCAGUGUCGCACCUGUGGGCAAUUGCUCAAGAGCACCGAUGCAGCUGCGCACCAGGCACAUCAUGACCCCGAGGUGGAGUCUGACUUUCCUAGUCUCAUGUCUGUCGGGCGUGGUCGCGCAAGGAGCGGCCCAGCAGUCGGACGUAGUGGACCAUCCGCCGUCAGCUCUGCCUGGGGGGCGCGGCGCUAG